CGGUGGAUGGAAGGUCGGCGGAUCGAGGGUCAGCAGAUUGGGGAUCGGCAGAUUGGGGAUUGGUGGCUUGGGGGUCAGCCCGUUGAGGCUGGGUGGAUGGAAGGUUGGCAGAUCGAGGGUCAGCAGAUUGGGAAUCGGCAGAUUGAGGGUUGGUGGCUUGGGGGGUGGCAGAUUGGGGGUCAGCCGGUUGAGGGCCGGUGGAUGGAAGGUCGGCAGAUCGAGGGUCAGCAGAUUGGGGAGCGGCAGAUUGAGGUUCGGUGGCUUGGGGGUUGACGGAUCACGGGCCACUGGAUUGAAGGGUUAAGAGGAGAGAAGGUCAGCGGAUCGAGAGUUGACAGAUUGGGGGUCGGCGGAUUGAGGGUCGGCAGAUGCAAACUGACCUGCCUCCUUCGUACUUGGGUUUUUCGUCUCCGUGGUUCCUUGCGGCGCCAGCUCGAUCCUGACGGGCAGGAGAACCUGCCUGCUUUGUACUUAUGUUGUUCAUCUCUCUCCCUGUUUCCUGCCCUAAUCACCUGGAUCUGCUGACGGACAAGAGUACGUUAUCAUCGUGCUCAGACUUGUAAUGAUCGCAUCUUCUUUUUCCUGGGUGUCUACCAUGUGCAGUUCGAUCUUGUUUCUGUGGCAUAGAUCAUCAUCAUCAUCAUCAUUAGCGCAUUAGUUGUCACUGUGCUCCCCAUCUCCGUCGUUCCUUCCGUAAUCGGCUCUGUCCUGACAGAUAAGAGUACAUUACCGUCGCAUUCACUCUUGUAGUGAUCCCUUCUCCUUCUCUCUGGGUGUUCACGAUGUGCAGUUCAAUUUCUUUUCUGUCGCACUGAUCAUCAUCAUCAUCAUCAUCAUCAUCAUCAUCAUCAUUAUCGUUAGCUUAUUUCUUGUCGGUGUGCUCCCUUCCCGCUUUGCGCAUUGCGGUGUUCCUCUUGUCCACUGAAGAUCUGGCGGCAACCGGAGAGCACCGAUCUGCUUGGGUCAUGUGAGGUAGGGGAGGGGGGACUUGAGAGAGAGUCUUUUUGGCUGCCGUGAGCAGUUGUUGCUGUGACGCUUUGUGUUGCGUUCCUUACUUCGGUUUUUGCCGUGAUGUCGUCAGUGGAUCUCUCCUUCUCCCGAGAAGAUCGGGUCUAUCACCCUUCCGAGUCUGUAGAAGGCACCAUCGUUGUGAAUGCUGCUGCACCUAUUAUUCACUCGGGCAUAUCUCUAUCCGUUUCUGGCGGUGUGAUGGUCCAAUUGUUUGGCAAGGGAGUGGGUGUGUUGGAGGUUUUGUCCGGCGGAGGAUCAAAGUCUGUGCCCUUAUUUGAGAGGAAGGUAGAGCUGAGCCAUCCAGGGAAACUUACGGAAGGAAAGUCGGAGAUUCAGUUCAAGAUUCACCUCGGUCCCUUGACUGGACCUGGCCGACCUGCCAACGCGAGCUCUGCGCCCUCCUCCUCUGCUGGCGGAGGGUUCACGGCUCCUACCUUGCUCCCUACGUACCACGGCGUCUAUGUGAACAUUCAAUACCUUAUCACUGUGGAGAUUCGCAGAAGCUUCCUGCAAAGGACCCUUUCGUGCGUCUCCGAGUUUAUCGUCGAAGGCAAGCGAGAACUGGUGCUGGUACCGCGCCCGCUGUCGGCAGCAGAGCCCAUAAAGUUCAUCAUCACUCCUGACACUCACAACCACCCACUGGGUCCGGCCUUGCGAGCAGCGGGGGGGUUUCGCAUCUCCGGUUCCUUGGCUAGCAUCUGCUCUGUGGAUGAGCCGUUGAUCGGAGAUCUGACAGUGGAGAAGUCCUCGCUACCCAUCAAGUCUAUCGAGGUGCAGUUGAUGCGGGUGGAGUCGGUGCCGCUCCACGACAAAACUCUGAGGGAAGUUUCUGCGGUUCAGACCACUGAGGUGGCAGUCGGUGAUGUCUGUCGCCGUAUGAUGCUCCCCAUCUACGUGAUUCUACCACGGUUAACGGUCUGUCCGAUGAUAGUGACUCAGGCCUUCGCUAUCGAGUUUGAAGUCAAUGUCGUCGUCACGUUCGAUUUGACAAAGCUCAAACCGACCAUGAUGUUGCACAGCAAAGGUAAGCACCCACAGAACAGUGCCGCCGCCAUCAAGGAAACCCUCCCACUCAGAGUAGUUGCAGCCUGAUUAAUAAUAUCUCCUCCUUGCUUGCAGACUCCACGAUGUGUCCGCAAUAGCCAAGGUGCACGCACAUCUGCAGCAGCAGAGGUUUGUCCACAGUGUGCUCUUGUUGCAUGGCUCAUUUUCCUCAGAACAUUCUCUUUUUUGGAAAGUCAAAUUCUUCACUGCAAUCGUUUUGUGUGGGAGCCUCUCUGGAAAAGUUUGAUACGACCUGUGUUUCGUCCAGCAGACACGCCUUUCUGAAACUGUUUUUGUUUCUUUUUUUUAAUUUUUUUAAUUUUUUUGUUUGUUUGUUUGUUUGUUCCUGCGUGCCAAUGGACCACAGAUCAGAUAUUAAACUGAUGAGACCAGAAUCAAUCGCUGAUACUGGA